AUGACGGCGGGGACAGGCAGAGCGGGGGGAUUAGAGGUGGUGGAGAGCGGGGGAAGUGGGGACAGCAGAGAGUGGGAGAUGGGAGAGGGGAGAGUGCGUGGAGGACGCGUGAACAUCGUUCCGUGGCAAGAAGUGGUGGAGGAGAAGCGGGCAGGCACGGUUGCAAGGGGAGUGUGCGUGGGGGAGGUGGUGCGGGGCAGCGGCGUGGAGGAGGCAGGGCAAGCAGCGUCGUCACACAUGACUGUGCGUGAGGGCGAGCACGUGGAACGAGGCUGUGCUGCAGGGGUGGGAGCGAGGGCAGUAGGAGGGCGAGGAGACAGUGCGGCAGCAGAGGAGUGGGGCACAGCAGGCUCGCUCUCACGCACGCGCGCACAGCCCACACCCAUCUGUCCUGACCUGCCUGUGCUGGUCGCCAUGAUGCCAGGGUCAACCCCUUCAGCAGGGGCAGCAGGCCCCUGGGCGGGUGCGCCCUCCAGUGUGGGCAGUCACAGGAGCGCCCAUGCGGAUGCGUGUGCGUCAAUGGAGGGCCACCUGUGCAAGGAGCCGUCGCUAAUUGUCUUCUCAGGAGGCACGGCGUUCAACGCGGUGGCGGAGGAGCUGCACGAGUGGACCACAGCUGUGGCGCACGUGCUGCCCGUCUCCGAUGACGGCGGCAGCACCGCAGAGAUCGUGCACAUCAUAGGCGGGCCUGCCAUCGGUGACAUUCGCUUGCGCUGCAUGCACCUGUCCGACGGGUCCAGCCACGAGGCCAGAGCAGUGCGGCGAUUGCUGGGACACCGCCUACCACUGCACCCCGUGCAAGCCAAGGCAGAAUGGCUGAGCAUAGUGGAGGGCGAGCAUGAGCUGUGGGGGGGCGUGUCGGAUCCAUACAAGGAGAUCAUCCGCGCCUUCCUCCUGCACUUCCACUACCAGUGCAGUGUGGGCAACUUCUUCUUCUCAGGCUCGCGCUCCUUCUUCCGCUCACUGGAUGCCGCCAUCUUCCUCUUCUCCCGCGUCUCCAACAUCCCACAGCGCAGCCUUGUGCUGCCCUGUGUCUGCACCAACGACCGCUUCACUCUCGGCGUCGAGCUCCCCCCCCACACACCACUUCUUCCCUCAACUCAUGCCUCUCAUCCCACCUUCAUACUGACAAAAGCCGCUAUCCAGCUCUUCACCGCCUCCAAUGCCUAUCAGUUGAUGGAGCGUGCCUCACGUGUGUUCCUACUGCCUGUCUUCCUCUCCCUUUUCCUACCCCCAUUCUCUCUGCAGUCUUCUGAUGCGUCGCCUCCUCUGCCCGCCCCCAUCCGCCAUGUGUUCUACAUGUCGAGUGAAGGCACCAACCUGCUGCAUGAGCACAUGGCAUCAGUGGAUGGCAUCAUCUAUGGCAUUGGCUCCCUCUUCACCUCCAUCUGCCCCUCCCUCGUACCUACCUACACCCCCCUUUCUUACCAUCUCCUCGUUCUCACCAUUUGUGUUCAUCUCCCUCACUUCUUGCUCCUGUCAUGCUCUCACUAUCACUAUCUUGCGAGGGGUGGGAGAAGCAAUCACCGCACGAGCAUGUCCCAAGGUAUGGCCGAGUGCACCAGAAUAUCCCAAGGAAUGCUCUGCUCUGCUGCACACCCCAUCAACUCUCUUUGUUCCUCCCUUGCCAUCCUCCUCUUCACCGGUUCUUUUUUGGUGGGGGAGGGCGUGAGUUCAGAGGGAAAAGCUCGCAGUGGCAUCACAUGUUGUGUGGCGUGUUUUCCUCACGCGCCCCAACCGCGCAUGGCAUGGCAGGUGCUAGUGCUGAACGGGUCGUUGGACCGUGAGACAGCUGGCAUGGCGGCGUCAGACUUUGUGCUGGCCAUCUGCAACUGCCUCAACCGCACAUUCGGAGACGACUCCCGCCACCGCCUCACCCACUCGGUCAGAUGCACACGCCACCGCUCACACCUGUGUAUUCCUGGAUGCUUUCAACUCCCACUUACCCUUCAUCCAUUUCACUCGUGUUCCCCUCUGCUGUGGCCACCCAUUUCCGAUCCGCUGCAGUCGAUGCACUAUGUGACGCAUCUCAUCGCACCAGAGGGAGGAGCCAUUCCCCUUGACUAUGAACGCCUCACAUACUUGGGAGUCACCUCUCUGGUAAGUCCUGCCACAUACCCAUUGCUGCAAGAUGUUACCCUCUCAUGCCUGUGGACUGCCUUCCAUGUUAUACCAUGGUUCCCUCGCUUCCCUGUGAAAGCAGUCCUGGAGUGCAUUAUGGUGUGCAUGCGCUUGUCACAACAUUGA